AUGCCAGUCAUAUCGACCACAGACCACAGACCAGGGAAUGGCAAGCUGAAGGUGGCCCCCACACAGACCGCGCAACCAGCGUUUACCAGCAAUCGAAACAAAGUCAAGAUCAAACGGAAAGACAAUAGGCGUCUGAAGAGUUCAGCCAGUUGGUUGUUGGAUAAUCAGAUUGGUAUUUCAUUUAACCUGAUCGCCCUCCUUCUCUUCGUUCACCUCUUCGUGCCCCGGGCGCGCCAUACCACGUCCAAACUUUUUCUACCAUCACACUACAACCCAAACACGGAAAAAUAUGCUAUUGGUGAUGGAGACUUCUAUUUCCUUGCAUUCUACGUGGUCCUCUUCACGGGUCUCCGUGCAGGGUUCAUGGAGUACAUCCUGGCACCACUAGCUACGCAGUGGGGGAUAACGAAGAAGAAGGACAUUACCAGGUUCUCUGAGCAAGCAUGGCUGCUGUGCUAUUACUCUGUCUUCUGGACUCUUGGCCUGUACAUCUACUGCACCUCGAAGUACUUCCUCAACCUGCCGGAGAUGUUCACAGACUGGCCUACGCGGGAGCUUCCCGGCCUCACCAAAGCAUAUAUCCUAGGCCAGUGGGCAUUCUGGCUCCAGCAGAUCCUGGUCAUCAACAUUGAGGAACGCCGCAAGGACCAUUGGCAAAUGCUCGCCCACCACUUGGUGACAGUCGUUCUAAUCUCCACCUCGUAUGCCCUCCACCUAACCCGAGUCGCCAACUUGGUGCUCAUCUUGAUGGAUGUGGUCGAUAUCUUCUUCCCUCUCGCCAAAUGCCUCAAGUACCUCGGCUACACCACCGCGCGAGACAUCCUCUUCGGCGUCUUCAUGCUUUCGUGGUUCCUCGCCCGCCACGUCUGCUACCUGAUCACGAUGUGGAGCAUCUGGAAGCACAUGCCCGAGACCAUCGCGGUCGGGUGCUACCACGGCUCCCAAGAUUCUCUACGGGGGCCGACGCCCCUCCCCUCCGACGGCGACUGGUCGCAUGCGUGGGCGCCGUUCCACGAUCCGGCGGGCACGAUCUGCUACAGCAACGGGGUGCGGUGGGGAUUCCUCGGCGCCCUGGGCUUCCUGCAGGUGCUUACGGUGCUAUGGUUCGUGCUGAUCGUGCAGGUUGCGGUGCGGGUCGUCAAGGGGAUCGGCGCGGAUGAUAUCCGGAGUGAUGACGAAGCCGAGCAAGAAGCGGCGGAGGAAGAGGACGAGCUUGUGCCCGUGACGGAAUACAAGAUCUGCAAUGAGAUCGGCGUCGCGGCUCUGGGGGGCUCGGGAUGGGCGCGCAGGACUGGUGGUACCAGGAGGACGGCGAGUUCAUCGGGAGUCAGCUUGACGGGUCACUUUGAUCGGAAGGAAUUGCUGAGCCGGAUAGGAUGCGAGAAGCAGUGA